AUGGCACUACGCUAUUGCUAUGCAUCUAGUCAUAUCCUAGGCAUUAUUAUGUCUAACCCUAAAUCCUAUGAUGACAUUCCCAUUUUAGAUCUUUCUCAGCCAUUGCAGCCCUCUUCUCUAUUCUCUCUGUAUAAAGCAAGCAAAGAGUGGGGGAUUUUCCACAUAAUCAACCAUGGAAUCUCCAAAGAUCUUUGCAACCAGAUCCAGUCACUGUCCACACACCUCUUCAGCCUUCCUUUCUCAUCUUUAAAAUCCUACACCCCUCAUUUCAUUGCCUCUCCAUUCUUUGAGAGCCUCCGAGUUAAUGGACCCAACUUUUAUACUUCUGCUAAUAGUUCUGCUGAAAUUCUCUUUGACCAAAAGGACUCCAAAUUCAGUGUGAUAAUGAAAGAAUAUUGCAGCAAGAUGGAAGAUUUGUCUAAGAGAAUUCUAAAGAUUGUGUUGAUGAGCAUAGGGGAGGGCAUUGAGAAGAAGUUUUAUGAUUCUGAGUUCAAGAAGUGCCAGGGUUACUUGAGAAUAAACAAUUACUCAGCCCCAGACGUUACAGAAGACCAAGUUGAGGGGCUUGGAAUGCACACUGAUAUGAGUUGUAUUACCAUCUUAUACCAAGAUGAGAAAGGAGGGCUUCAGGUGAGAUCAAACGAGGGAGAGUGGAUAGGUAUAAGCCCAUCUGAAGGAACCCUAGUGGUGAACAUAGGGGAUAUGCUGCAAGCAUGGAGCAAUGAUAAACUAAGGUCCUCAGAACACAGAGUUCUUUUGAAGCAUCAUUUGAACCGGUUUUCUCUAGCAUUCUUUUGGUGCUUUGAAAAUGAUAAGGUGAUUUUGGCACCAGAUGAAGUUGUUGGAGAAGGAAACAAGAGAAAGUAUAAACCAUUUGUGUGCUUGGAAUAUUUGAAAUUUAGAGAGAACAAUGAAAAGGGAAGAUUCGAUAAGGUGGGUUUCACAGUCAGAGACUUUGCUGGGAUCGAGGCUCAAUUGUAA